AUGAAGGGGGCGUGUGGUAUGUUGGGCGUGUUGGCCCUGGUGGCCAGCAGCGCGGCCAUGUACGACGUGGUGGUGGAUUACUAUGCUCCGCCUGCCAAUUGCACGGAGGGCUGUGCUUCUUGGACCGAUCUGGCCGCCGACAAUUGCACCGGUCUCAAUCAAUCGGCGGUCGAUGCCAAGUGGCAGUUUGGCGUAGCGCCCGCCAACGUCGGUCGUCACUGCGCCAUGCCCGCUAAUGAUCCCGGCGAGUAUGGCGCCUGGUGCUACUGCCGCAACUCGAUGGCCGUUUGGGGCUUUUGUGAGGCCAAUCAAUCUGUCCCAACGCCUGAACAAGUCAACCUUCAGGUGGCGGGACCCGACACGGUUGUCGUCUCCUUUGUAACCUUCAACGACACUGCCACAAGCGCUCCUACCGCUCAACUCGGCGAGUCGGCCGAUCUGACCGACGCCAUCACCCUGACUGGCAUCACGAAGGAAUACACAGAGACCAGCAAUGCCUCGCGCCACUACUUUAUGCACUUUGUCGUGUUUCCAGACCUCACGCCCAGCCGCAGCUACUUUUUUCGCGUUCGCGGUGGCGCUCGCUCAACCUGGAGCUCAACCUUCAACUUUACCAGCUUGUACAGCGGCGAACAAAAGAACGAAACCAAGUUUGCCAUCUUUGGCGACAUGGGUGUCUACACCUACAACAACAUGGACUGGCUCCUUGACGACGUCAAAGCCCAGCGCAUCGAUUUCAUCGUACACCUGGGCGAUCAUGCCUACAACGUUGCCCAAGACUCAGGCCUGCGCGGCGACGGCUACUUCAACGCCUUUCAGCCCAUUCUGACCAAGAUUCCCUGGGUGCCCGUACUUGGCAACCAUGAAUACUACGAUGGUGAUGAGUUCAACCGAUUCUUGAAUCAAACGUAUGGCGUGACUCUGGGUGAUAUUCCCCCGGCUCAUCCAACCAGCCACAUCAACUCGUACAUUGCCAUUGGCUCAACUUUGGCCCAGGCCGUCAAGGGCACUUCAAAAACCAGCCGCUACUACUCGGUGGAUGUGGGCCAAGUGCAUGUCAUCUCCCUCGACCUGAACGUCUAUUACUUUGACACGGAGCUUGUCUUUCGCAAGCCCAUGCUGGAUUGGCUGCGCGCCGAUUUGGAGGCGGCCAGUCAGAAUCGCGCAACCGUGCCCUGGAUCAUUGUCAAUGCUCACCAACCCCUAUACUGCAGCAGCGUGACCAUGGGUGAGAAUUCAUCCAGCUUGUGGGAAUUCUGGUAUGAUCAAUCCAACGGGGAAAACCCCGGCACCUUCCGUGGCUGCACGGGCACGGGUAUCUUUCCAGUGGAAGUCUCGCGCCUGGAUCUGGAAGCCCUCUUCCGCGAGUUUGACGUCGACCUCUUUUUUGCUGGUCACGAGCACGACUAUGAGUCAAUCUAUGCCGUCAUGAACGGGACGGUGGUAAACAAGUGCGAUGCAGGCUCGACCACCCCAGGCAACUGCACGUUUACCAACCCCUCGGGUGUUGUGCACUUUGUGACUGGAGCUGGAGGUGCACCACACCUUGACAAGUUUGGCGAUGCAGGACCCUUUACACGCAUUCAGCUCAGCGCGUGGGGCUACGGCCGAGUGACCGCCACGCAAGAGGAGUUUGUCUACGAGCAUGUUCUUAACAGCAAUGGCACCGUGUUUGACCGCGUCACCGUGCGCAAGGCCCACUAAUGCCUGCUAACGCAAGGGCAGGCAGCUACACCUCUCCCUCUCCGAGGUGGUUGUUGACCAAUAUUCAUGCUUCAAGGUUGUAUGCUCGACCAAUUCGAUUGAGCCCGACCUU